AUGGUGACGGUGGUCAACUCGAAAGCAGACGUCCUCAAGGCUUCCCAGGCCCUGGCCGUCAACCUCAAUGCAGCGAAAGGGCUGCAAGAGGUGAUGAAGUCCAACCUGGGACCUCGAGGGACUCUGAAGAUGUUGGUGGGCGGCGCUGGACAGAUCAAGAUCACCAAGGAUGGGUCAGUUCUGCUCGGCGAGAUGCAAAUUCAGCAUCCGACGGCCUCCAUGAUCGCCAGAGCUGCGAGUGCUCAGGACGAGUUCACCGGUGAUGGAACAACAUCUAGUGUGAUGUUCAUCGGCGAGCUGAUGAAAUUGGCUGAACAGAGCCUAGCUGAAGGACUCCACCCGAGGCUCAUCGCAGAGGGCUUCGAGCUGGCCCGUGAGGAGACAGUGAAGUUUCUGGACUCCUUCAAGGUCCACAUGGAUGACCCUCUCAGCGAUCGAGAGAAGCUCGUCUGUGUAGCGAGAACCUCCCUGAGGACCAAGAUCGUCCCGGCCCUCGCAGAUCCCAUGGCGGAGGUUGUGGUCGAUUCUGUGCGCAUGAUCAAGAAGCAGGGAUCCCCGCUCGAUCUCAACAUGGUGGAGAUUCUUCACAUGAAGAACAAGCUCAUAACGGAGACCCGGCUCAUCAAGGGCCUCGUUUUGGACCACGGCGCCCGACAUCCGGACAUGCCGAAGAAGCUGGAGAACUGCUACAUUUUGACGUGUAACGUCUCCCUGGAGUACGAGAAGAGCGAGGUGAACGCCGGCUUCUUCUACAGCAGCUCAGAGCAGCGUGAGAAGUUGGUCGAUUCCGAGCGGAAGUUCACAGACGAGAAGGUGAAGAAAAUCAUCGAGCUGAAGCGGAAAGUCUGCACCGAGGAGAACGGCAGGACUUUCGUCGUCAUCAACCAGAAGGGAAUUGAUCCGCCUUCCCUCGAGAUGCUGGCUCGGGAGGAGAGGGAGAGGGCACUUGAUGGUUCGCAGCCAUUUGGAUCCCAGUGUCCUAGCCUCUUACGGCCUCCUGUCCCUUCGGACUCCUGCUCCAGCAAUGACCCGCACCUCGCCCAAGCGAUCCGUGGCCGCGCUGGCAAUCCUGGCGGCCGCCCUUUGGAGCCUUGCUCCUGGCCAGACAAGCUGGGGGGGGUGGUGGAGAUUCCCCUGGAGGAGGAGGAGGCAGAGGAGGAGGCCAAGCCGGAGAUGCCCGAGAAGAGGGUGCCCUACUCCAUGCACAUCGUCACCCAGCUCCCGCAGCACAAGCACCUCCACGAGGAGAGCAAUGCGAGGAAGUUCAUCGAGGAGAAGCUGGUGGGUGCCUUCGAAAACUUCGAGGACCUGAUCCGGCAUGUGGAGGUCCAUUUGCAGGUGUCCCCACACUUCCACCGCGAGAAGCGCCCGGACAAGGUGCCCAAGACCACGAUGACGGUGGACGAAGAGGGCGAUGAAGUUCCCAUGGAGGUCCAGCAGGAAGCCGGGCACAAGAUGCUGACCCCCUUCAUCGUGAAGGCCACUCUGACCUUGGCCAACCACCACAAGGUGGCCUUGACGAACCCGGAGAAGCACGCUCAGCCCAGCUUGACUGAGGCUGUCGAUCACAUGACCGACGUCCUGCGGCACUCCUUGAGGGAGGAGAAGAACCGGAUGAUCUCUUCCAAGAGGAAGGCCCAGAAGAAUGCCCUGGCCGACGACAUGGACGGCAUGCUUGACGAUGACUACAACUUGGCCGUUUCCAACGAUAUGGCCGAAAGCAGCCCUGAGGAGAACGCCAGGAUGGAGGCACUGUACGAGCGCAUCGAGGCGGCGUCCUAG